GUUUCCCGGAGCCGCCGUUGCCGCCGGGGCCGGAGCGCCCUGAGCCACCCGGGCAGGUGCGCGAACGGGCUUUAGCGAAGCCCCUCUCCCUCUCCGAAAUACACCCCGGUGGCAGCAGUCACCUCCUGUGGCUCCUCUACCUCCCAGUCUCCUCUCCCUCGAAGAUGGGUGCACCUGGCAGCAGUCCCACCGCUCUUAACACUGAGUCUGGUAGGACUGUAAAGGUGUAAAGAUCUUUCAUGAAGAAAAGGAAGGUGAUGACUGGUGUUUCAGUACUGCGUCCGUGAAAGCAUCUGUCUAAUUCAUCUAGGCUCUGUCUGUGUGUUAAUAUCUGAUUGAUGUUUUAGAAACAAAAUGGUGAUGCUACACAGAGUUGUUAGAGCCAAUGCGCUGUAGCGAUAGCUCUCUAGCAUGGGUACCUGUGAUAAGAGCCUCUUCUCUGAUGCUCUUGGACGUUCAGAAGGAAAACAAGGUUUCAAGGUUUCCUCCAGUCCUUAUAAAUACCAUACAAAGGUAGUCUUAAACUCAGAAAAAAGGGGGUUUAAUUCUCAAUCAAAGAGAUUUCAGUAUAACCAGAGUGAAGCCCCAGGCCCAGGAUUCUAUAACGUCACUCAUCAGUCUACAGAGAGCAACAGCACCUCGUUGUCUCAGAAGGGAACUGGAUACUUUCCUUCCCUGGUUGCACGCAUUGCAUGCACCAAAAUCGCCAACUAUCCAGCUGCAAAUGCCUACAGGAUCCCGUCACGUUUUCAAUCCAAGCAAGACUUCAGCACGGGAAACUCUAGCAUGUUUCAACAACCCAUUGCUAGGAAGAUUGAGAAAAUCCCCACGCCAGCACCUGGUCAAUACCACACCUCUAUGGAUUUCUUCAAGCAAAGCAACAAUGUUUCUGCUCAUGCGGUGUUUGUGUCCAAAACCGCCAGAGGAUUAAAUUUGGAAAAAAAUGGAAAAUGGCCUUCUCCAUGUCAGUACAACAUCAAUGAUUCCCCCAUCAAGGUGUCUCCCAAAAGUAUAACCUCUUGCUUCAAGUCAAAGGCCUCCUGUGUAACAAAGACGGACAGAUUCAUUAUAGAGCCUGCAACCUAUCAGCCGCAUAAACCUACCAAAGCAGCAAAGAAAACUCCUUUCAGGCAGAAAUUCUACUUGACUCUCUCUGCUCCAGCCAUUCCAGCCAGUAAAGACCCCCCUCUGCCUGGGCCUGGGCAGUAUGACCUUGUGGAUUACAAAGGGUCUCCAAAGCAGGACUGCUCGAGCGCUGUGUUCGUGUCAAAUACAGGGCGAUGGGCAGGGAGAGGAUCACAGGAACAUUCCCCUGGGCCAGGUGCUUAUUCGCCCAGAACCCUCGAGAAGGAUUCCUUCAUCUACAAUUAUGAUAGCAAGUGGGUCCCAGUGCUGUGAGCAGGAGAGUCCAGACACCAGAGGGAAGUUCCACAGACAGGACUUUUAAACUCUGCAAAGCACACGCUGACUCACAGUAAGUGGUCCUGUCCUAUGAGGCUUGCCAGGGCUGGCUGCCUCAUAGUUCAGCAGCUAAUAGCAGUAUUCAGAACACACUGUAUAUUGGAAGAUGAUCAUUAGCUGAAGUUGACUUGAAAGCUUCCAGUUUAGCUGGUGGUGAAUAAUUAAUACAAUUAAUGAAAGUUGCAACCCCCCCCUUGUCUAAUAAACUGAAAAGAAAAUAGUCCCUGGUAGCUGCUACCGCAAGAAGGGAGGCAGGGGCGUGAGAAGAGCAACGCGGGCAAAUCCUACACUUCUGCUGUGCUCAUUCAGAGGACGGACGCUUGCGUUUGCCACACAGCAUCAGGCCUCGGGGCAGCUGAAGCACCAGGCCCACGUGGAACGCGCGUCAUAUGUUCACAAUGCGGGUGCACGCGGGUGCCCAGGCACCCUCCCCCCCGCACCCGCCAGGUAUGUUUUACAAGCCAGUGGACGUGAACCUUUCUGACUCGAGUCAGCACAAACCAGCUGCUGACUGUCCAGAGCAGAGGCUGCUCCAGAGGAAGCUUCUCUCGUUUGUCAGCGUGAGCCCUUUACAAAACACAAGUGGGUUCAUACUUUCACACGACCUUUGUUCAGUCAAAGGUGAAUCGCCUUCAUCACUCCUAUCUUAAUCUUCAAAAGGAGCUGGUGGGCUCCGGGCAAAGAGUCAAGAAUGCAUUCGCAUAUUUGGGAGCUCUGGUUUACGCAACCUCUACAGCAACUCGCCUUUGCUGGAAGGGAUGAGCGAUACUGAGCCAGUCAGCAGAACGCCCACCCUCGGCAGGGGUAGCAGGGGGCGGUGACUGUGUCUGCUUUUACGCUGGUGUGAAUCAACUGGCGUUUCCCCACGCCAGGAAGUUACCGUGAUCUGAAAUCUGACAGUCAGGCUUACCCAGAACUUGGACAGAAAUAGCACCUGGUUCUCUGCCUCCACCCCACAAACAGAAAGGAAAGUAAUUUGCGUGGUGUAGACAAGUACAACUCCAGCCAGGGCAGUUUCCACCCUGCAACUUAGGACGGGUUCAUAGCCAGUAUAAAAUUCAAACAAGACUCAUUAUUGUUGUCCUUUGAUUGCAAAUGACCUGAAGUCUCCCGUGACAUGACUCUUGCUGGUGUAAGAUUGGGAAUAACGCUACUACAUGGAAUUACAUGGUGUAACUGAGAAGAGAAUCAGGUGAAUAGCACUAACUGCGCUUACAUAGUCUCCUAAUAAGACAUUUAGAGCAACUAACAAAGGGAUAGGUGAUCACCAAGAUAAUACUGCAUGCACAAAAUAAAACAAAAAAGUUAUUCACAACCCUCCCACAUCUGUGCUGCACCCCAGAGGCCAAUCCCAGAGCAAGCCAAGCAGCAAGCUGCCAUCUCCUUGAGCUCCACCACUCAUGGGUAUCCUCAAGAGUCCCAGCCUCUGCUGGGGCAAUGGCACCUCCUUUGGAGAGAGCAUUAGCAUUUGCAGGAAGCUCCAAGAGCUUGCCCUGAUACUCUUUGAGGCAAAAAACCUAGAGCAAGCUGGCAGAUGCCCCCAUCUCUGUCCCUUUGCUGUUUGCACCAAUUCCUUGUGUUCUAGGCCUCUCCACCCCAUGUGCAAGGUGCUGCCCAGUCUCAGGGGAAGGUCCCUAGCUUGGACAAGAAGGUGGGGAAUGAGAAAAUGGCAUGCAAUGCCUCCACUGCCUUUUGGUAGGCUGAACCUCUCAGUUUCCUUCUUUCACAGAGAGGCUUUCUGCCCAAGCCUUCAGCAGGCAGGUGAAGGAACUGCUAAGGUAGAAGUUUAAAGCAACUAGGUCAAGGUUACCCACCAACAUCAGGACAAUUAACUGCUAUCCCCGUUUUCUCUUCUGUAGCCUCCCUCUAUCCUGGAGAGGGAGUAGCACAUUAGCCUCCUCCUGAUCUACCUACCUUCUCCUCUUACCUUUGCAGCUGGCACUUGUCUCAGUGGUCAGGCAGGGUCAGUCCCCCUCCUCAGGCUCCAGCCUGUGGAGGCAGCUCAGGGCAGGAUGCUCAGAGCUUGAGGUCUUGCUGAAGGUGUCUCCAUUAGAGGAGCAGGGCCUCUCUGACCAGCUGGUGCACGAUGGGAUCUGGCAGACUGCUGAGGCACCGGUAGGUUUCAGAGCCACUAGCCCAGCCAUCAAUUCUAAAAGUAUGUGCAGUUUCAGAGCGAUUCUUGGUAUGCAUUUUCUUUAAUUGGAGCUGAAAUUCCACUGUAAUUAAACUGUAAGUGAAGCCUUGUGGAGCUAACACUCUGAAUCAGAGAAAUUCUGCUGAAGAAGGAGUUUACAAUAUGAAGACAAGAGGCCAGGCAGAGCAGUGGGAGAUCUUCAAAGGUUGAUAAGCCACCAGAUUUAUCUGAGCUUCAUCUUAGAGGCCCUUCUCAUCACAAUAACAACACUUAAGUAAUCUACAAUUCACCAACCCAAUCUAUUUCAAAACUUCACCACCCCCCCCCCCCAUCCAGUGGGAGUAAAGCUCAUCUCCAUUUACUGGUUACAGUAAACACAGAUAGGAAAAGCACAGCAUGAAGCUUAAGAAGAGGCAGGAGAGAAGUCCUCAGUUCUCAGUGGUCAAAAGAUAAAUGAGAAAAUACAGGACUGCCCUUGGUGUUGUUUUACCUAACAAGACACAGCUGCAGACAACUUCCAGCACAGCAGACACCUGGGUGAAGGACCAGCAGCUGAGAGGCAGCAGGUGUGAGGAGUUCAGGACGUGAGAGACCAUAGGGAGGAAAGAGGGGAAGGUAACUGUUAUCCCUGAGAGAGGAUAAGCAUCUGCACCUGCACUCCUAGUUUUGGGAGUAGUGGAACUAGUGAAACUCAGUUUCCUGUGAUCUUGUGUGUUAUGUUCACUCCUUCCGUGUAGCACCAGAGCGGGGUUGCCUGUCUCCAGUUUGCAGCCCCCUCAGCAGCAUCCAGCUCUCCCUCUUGUGUCUCAAUCUGUUUGUCUAGGCAGGAGGUGCAGGACAUGGACCUGACAAGGUACCUUACCAGCUAUCAGAUAACACCACCUCUCUCCAAAACAAAGGCUGAGCUGGUCUUUUGAUUAGUGGAAGUAAACCAGGAAAUUUGUUUUUGACUUGCUUAAAAUUUCACCAAAUCUGUGGAACAUAAAACCGCGCUGACGGCACGUCUGCAGCAGCCUGCACUGCACGGCACCCGGACGGAGAGCCCAGCUGGCAGGAGGGGAGGACUAGGAGAGGAGUUAAGCUGCUGUCACCCCUUCGUGGAGGGGUAGUUUAAACUGACAGAUGUCACAUGCUGUUUAACAUCAAAAGCAUCAAAAACAACUAUGAGUCAUUGGUGUGCUGCUGAGGUUGUCUCCCUGCCUGGACUCCUUCCUGAGACCUUACAACGCAAACCUCCGGAGGUGGGUGAACACCGUCCACUUCCCAUCUUUGAACCUUUAUUGCUAUGGAAUAUCCAAAACAAGAAAACCAACAACACAGUUACAAAAGGAGUUCACGGAGAAAUGUGAAGCAGCCUGUGUUUGAAAUGUUCUGUGUCACCGUACUGAGUCAAAUAUAAAACAACGUAUAUUUAUACAUAUAUAAAAUAUAAAAGGAAUAAUACAUCAGAAAUGUAUAAACAAGGGUUACAGAGGCCUUCAUGGUAUUUACAAUCAGAGAUACGGCAGUUGGGGAACACGGGAGGAGGCAGUGUCCGUUCAACAGCGAGAUUUAAAUGUAUCUGUGAAAAUCUCUGUGGAUAGAGAGACGUUUGGAGCUGGGCUCAGCCCUACUGAAAACGGUUUGAAGGUUCUGCAUGACUGAUGGUUUGGGAGAAAGCCAAGGCCCAUGGUUGGAUCAGUCACGGGCCAAGGCAAACAGCAAGCAAAGGCAGUCCCGUCUCUGCCCGGGCUCUGUCUGACAGCCAUGUUAGUGUAGCUGCGUUCCCAGCUGUGAAACAGAAGGUCAGGCCCAUUGCCAGAGGGGAAUAAAAUAAAAUAAAAUAAAAAAAUAAUAAUAAUAAACUCAA